UUUAAAACAUGGAGUUGUUCUGGAUGUGGGCACUGGUUUUGGGCUCCAUGAUGUUUGGGGAAAUAUGGACUCGACCCGUUCACGAGGAUCAGCAGCUGAGGCAGGAGGAUGUGAAGCUGGCUGAGGCUUACCUCAGGAGGUUCUACAGUCUGAACCUCCAGGAGCACCGAGGUGGAGCGAGGAGGAUCAGGUCUGCAUCUGCUAUGGAGGAAAAGAUCCGAAAGAUGCAGAGCUUCUUUGGUCUGAGAGAAACUGGAAGCCUGGACUCUCACACGUUGGACGUGAUGAGAAAGCCCAGAUGUGGCGUUCCAGAUGUGGACAACUUCAGCUUUUACCCCUAUAAGCCUAAAUGGAACAACCACACCAUCACAUACAUGGUUUCACAGUACACUCCAGACAUGAGUGGAGAGGAAGUGGAGAAGGCUUUUCGUUUGGCCCUAAAGAUGUGGAGCGAUGCAACUCCACUGAGGUUCAUCAGAGUCAACCACGUCAACGCUGACAUCAUCCUCUCCUUUGCACGCAGAGCUCAUGGAGAUUUCUCUCCUUUCGACGGAGCCGGUGGAGUGCUGGCUCACGCCUUUCAGCCAGGAGAGGGGAUUGGCGGAGAUGUGCACUUUGAUGAGGAUGAAACUUGGACUUCAGGAGGACAAGGUUACAGCCUGUUUGCUGUCGCAGCUCAUGAACUCGGUCACUCUCUGGGUUUGACUCACUCGUCGGACCCCUCUGCUGUCAUGUACCCCAAUUACAGGCACCGCAGCAGUACACAGUACUCUCUGUCCUCUGAUGAUGUCCAGGGGAUCCAAACUCUAUACGGGAAACCCAACAAAAAUGCUGAAACCAAGCCGAGUGCUCCUAAAAAAUGCGACCCCGUGUUUUCUUUCGACGCGGCAGCAGUAAUCAAAAAUGAGAUCAUUUUUUUUAAAAACAGAAACAUGUGGAUGAGAACAACAAAGUCAACGUAUUGGAAUCGCCUGAGAGAAGGGCCCAUCAGUUCCUUCUUACCCGACAUUCAUUCUCCUGUCGAUGCUGCUUARGACGUCCCGGCCAAAGGCGUGGCGUACAUUUUCACCGGUUACAAGUACUGGGUGGUUCAAGAGCUGAAGAUGAAAAGUCGUUCCGGCAGCAUCUACGAGUUUGGUUUCCCCUCCAGAGUCAGGCAGGUGGAUGCUGCAGUUCAUAUCCCUGAACAUGGAAAAACCAUCUUCUUCACAGGACAGUUUUACUACAGGUUUGACGAGCAGAACAGACAGAUGGACCCUGGGUUCCCCAGAUUCAUCCAGACAGACUGGCCCGGAAUCCCCAGAAGAGUGGACGCUGCCUUUAAAUUGCACGGCAGCAUCUUCCUCCUCACUGGUGCAAAAUCCUUCCAGUUUGACUUCAAACAGAAGCGGGUGCUCAACAUAAUUGCAGGAAAUUCUUGGCUUGGAUGCUGACUCACUGAAAAAAACAUCUUUUAUAUCAAUGAAAAGUUCAAAUCAGCUGCAUGUGUGGCUAAUUUACUGAAAUGAAAUUAUUAGAAUUACACGGAUGCAGCACCACGUGUUUUACAUAAACUCAUAUUAGGUUCAUUUUUUUUAUAUUAUGGACUUUAUCUACAAUUCCAGUUUGGCUUGUAAAAGUGUUGGCACAUUUAAAUACCAGUUUGAGCUUGUCUUUCAUGUGGAAUCACAGAAACUAACCCAAAAUGCACUAGUAACCAGGCCUGUGUGUGGUGCUGUUAUGCUUUGAUUAUUCACCACAAACAGGAAACAAGACGUGGAGCAUGUGAAUAAAUAGGCAUGAAAUGUAAAUAUAAAAAGUGCAGUCAAGAUAUUUCAUUGUGGAUUGUUCCUAAGGAAUACAUAAAAAUUGAAUUAGUUAAUGUGCAUUUCUGUUAAACUGAAUUGUUUUAUGAACAUUAUACCGCUUAAUAACCUAAAAACUAUUUGUUCAUAAAUCUAAUUGUUGCUGCUUUGUGACAUUAACUCAUAUUUACACCUCGGAAUAGAUUAAAACAAGUUUUCAGGGUAAAUUAUAAAAAAUAUAUAUAAAUAAAAAGCAUUGCUCUUACAGAAACAUGUUUCUCUGUUCUCAAUAAGUCUUAAUGUACAGAAGCCUGGAGAGGACAUGCUCAGAAAUGUAUUUUCAUGACAUUGUGGGGUAACAAGUUUUUUUUCAAUUUUUUURGCAACAAAAAUGUAUUAUUUUUUCUUGUCAUUACUAGAAAUAAUUUCAAAAAUCAGGAUUAGAAAUCUGUACAGCGCUGCUGAUUCAGGCUGAAAAUGUCACAUAACACAACGUCUGUUGUUCAUAAUGUCAACAACAGGACGUCUGUUGGUUAAAUUGUUAUUUAAAGCACUGUGGUUCAUUUAAUUACAAGAGAUAUUAAUGCUAUUGAUCUGUGUUUGUCUAUUAAUUUAGGCGUAUGCAAUGACUUGUAAAUGCUUGUGCUCAGCAAUGUUMUUAGAGUGAAGACAGAGCUGUUGAUCCUUAACUUCCUAAACGGUUAACUUAGAUUAUAGAGUACUUAACUGACCGCUAUAGACAGGUGGUCCUGGAUGGAGGAAAUGGAGGUAAUGCCACAGGGAGAYCAGGAGGACACUCAGCUUCUUUGUGGAAGACCCUUUAAAAAAGCUUGUUGUACAGAGRUUUGUUGUACAGAGUGUAUUUGGACUCCUUGUUGCAAAUAAAACAGAGCUCGGUAACCAGA